AUGAGAUAAAUAUAUGAAUUUAUAGUGAUUCAUAUUGUUUUCUACGUUGUCUCCGUGCAUAUUGACUUAAAACAAUAAGAAUUCAAUCCCAAAGACAUUUAUUAGAUGUGGAUGCUAUUCAACAUAUUCUUUGCUUCCAUCUAUAUUAUAACUAAAAAACUUACUUUGAUUCUAGUCUUUUUACUUCAAAGUUACAUGUACUUUUACUUAAGCAAAUACAAUCCCUAUUAUGUCUAAGCAGCAACUGUAUUGAUUCCCAUAGCCUUAAUUGAGAAAUCUAACCUUUUUAUAAUAUUGAAUUAAAUCGGAGCUUUCCUGAUAUCGGGGCCUUACAAUUACAAUUAACAAAUAUUAUUCGUUAUUCUAAUAAUUGCUUUGGCAAUAUACAUUUAUGCCAAACAACAUGUUGAAGAAAUAUUAACAAAAAAAAAACAAAAAGUGGAUUAGGAUGAGAAAUUCUUAUAGGAAUUACCAUUUCCAUUGUUUAUAGUAAACAUCAAAUCUCAAAUACACUGGUCAAACAAAAUGGCUCGAGAACUGACUGCAAAUUGCGGAGUUAAAUUAGGAGGAUCAUUGAAAGAGAUAUUUUAGGAUUAAGACUUAUUCUUACAAUACCUAAAUUAAGAUUCCAAAUAAUUGAUUGUUCAAAUGAAUACUGUCUUAAUAUAGUAAUCUCUUGAAUAAAGCUUAAUCAUGCAAUAAAAUAAAAAUUAGUCGCAAUAAUAAUAGCAAUAACAAACGGCUCAAGUUAUCACUGAAAAUAAAUUGGCGAAGUUCUAGAGUCAGAAAGAAGACAAUCUAUAAAAGUCAAUUCAUAAAUAUCUAAAUGUAGCAUGUUUAACAUUGAAUUCUCUCAAAAUAACUGAAUAAAUUUAAAAAGAAAUUUUAACAGUCCUAAUUAAACCAUUCAAAAUCAAUUAAAUGAGGUUGUUUAUGAUAUGUAUAAAUGCAAACAAAACAUUCUAAUAAAAUAAAGUCCUUUAAAAUCACCUAAUCCAAUAAAUUAAAUAGAAUGGUCAAUAGAUGCUCGUUAGUUUAUAGCAAGAUUUUUAGAAAUGGGAUAAUAUGAGAAGUUUAGAAAUCAUAAGAGAAUCAGAUUUGAAGGUGAUUUCCUAAUCAAUUGUAGACUUAUAUAAGAUAAUUUUUGAAUUUGAAACUUACGAGGUUUCAACAAGCUUCUUUCCAUAAUCGAACCUCAUAAACUUUUAAUUUAAAGGAUUGGUAACUUAUUUAAUUGAAGUAUUUGCUGGCAGAUACUUAUAAAAAUUUACUAGCAUUAAUCUAUACUUUGACAAUAGUAUUUAAGAUAAAAUGAAGGGAAACUCUACUAAUUUCUCUUUGAUAUUUAUGAGCAUUUUAGAAUUAAUAGCAAAAUAUUCAGGCGACAAAAAACCCUCUUUGAAAAUCAAUUGUAACUUAGAUUAAGUAACUGAUUAAAAUAAAGCAUAUCAAAUUUAACUGCAAUUUUUGUGGAGAUAAGAUGAUGAAUUAGACUAAAUCUUUAAGGAAUUCUUCCAUCAGCAAGUUAUGCCUAUGAACGUUGAUCCAUAGGUUUAACGCUACUUGAUGACAAUUAAAAAAUUAUAGAGUUAUUCUGCUAUGAAAAUAUUUUACAUUGAACAAUCUGUUGAGUCCAUUGAGUUAUUGAGUGAACUACAUAUUUUUGUAGAUUUUUAUAUUAGCGAUUCUGAAGAAUCAAAUUUACAAGUAUACUAGCCACCUCAAUUACAAAUCACUUUUAGUAGGGAAUUUGUUGGAUAGAACCCAAAUGAAAUCAUGUGGCAGCCUAAGAAAUAACCUUAAGUGAUUGUCGAUAAGAACCAUUAAGCUAUAAUAAGACCCAUUAAACCGAUGCCUCCAACCUUCUUUAAUAAAUAAAAUUUACCCAUCAAUGUUGAUGCAAAGCAACCUAAAAAAUAAGACGAAAAUGUGGAAGAUGAGGUUGCCAUACAAAAAAAAUAAAAAGUUAUUAGAGAACUGAUUUAAGCCUAAUUUACUAAGGUUGCUCCACGUCUCUCUGAAAAAAUUGCUUAUUUGAUCAAAAAGAAAUUAGAAAGCUAAGCAAAUAAAUUCCAAGAUAUUCAAUUCGUUGGAGAUCAUGAGGAAAAACUUGAUAGAGAAGACUAUUAUUAAGGAAAUGAAGAGUAGUCUGAUUGUGGAACUAGUGAAGGAAAGGGCAAUAGCUAUGAUGAUGAAGGGUAAUCACAAACUACUCCUAACCUUGAUUCUGUUCCUACCAACAGACGAUUUAUGAAUGUUCCCUUUUAAAAUGAAUUUUCUAAUAUUGAUUCUCGGGCUACAAAUUAAAUGCUUCAAGGCUCUGAUUUACAAAUAAUUACAUACAAAAAACUUAAGAUUGAACAAAUUGUUGAGGAAAUUAAGUCUAAUCAAAUUGAUACUGCGGAUUUCAGUUAAAUUACAAUGAAUGAACUCUUUAUAUAAAAAAUUGCAGAUGCUUUGGAAAAAAACAAUUCGCUUAAGACUUUGAAAUUUGUCAAAUGCGAUCUUAGUGAUUAAAUACUCAUUAAAAUCUUGGAUUCCAUUACGAAAACCUAAAUCGAGAGCUUGCAUUUAUAAUACAAUCUGUUAUAAGAAAAAGGCUUGCAUCAUCUAAUUAGUUUAAAGUAGGGUCUAAAAGAAUAUCCUGUAAAAGAAUUACAUUUUCACAGUAAUCUAGUCAAAGAAAUCUAAAUUAGCAAGGAGAAAGCAUAAUUAUCAAAUCUAGGAAUAAAAGUAUUAAUUGGUUGA